AUGUCCUCAACAGCAGAGAUCUGCUCUUCCUUCAUAGAGAGCUCUCCUGCGGGAGAGCUCACCGAAGUGGUCAAUGACAUCAAGGCUCUCACCUCCGACGAUGAUCCAGCGUUGAUCGAUAAACUCAAGCCCGCAUUUCAGAAAUACAACGAGGAGCACCUGAUCGCCGUGAAGCUACCAAGCGGUAGCCAACAUGUCCUGAUCUCCCCCCAUAACCGCCUUUCCCCCACCUCCUACUUCGACACACAGUCAUCUACCUCUUUCACGCUCGACCACCAGACGCAAAAGGCCUCGGCGCCGCAGUCCUACACACAAGACUCCCCGCACGCCGACAUCGUGUCCUCCCUGAGCCGCGCCCUUUCCGCCCACUUCGCCGAGCACUACCCCCCCUCCGGCAGCGGCGGCGGUAUCACGUCCGCAUUCACGGUGUGUCCCUCGACCGCCGAGGACGGUAAGAUCGCGCUCCUGCUCUCGACGCUCAAAGCCAGCCCGGGCAACUUCCUGAGCGGGCGCUGGCGCAGCACGUUUCUCUACGACCCGGCGAGCUCGUCGAUUAGUGGGACGCUGUUGGUGAAUGUGCAUUACUACGAGGACGGGAAUGUGGCGUUGACGACGCGUAAGACGGUGCCGGAGACGAAUGUCGAGGGUGGUGGGUCCGGGGAGGCGGUCGUGCGCAAGGUGGCUGCGCUGGAGAAGCAGUACCAGGAGGAGGUCAAUCGCGCGGUGGUGGGCAUGAAUGAGGGCAUGUUCAAAGGAUUGAGGAGGCAGUUGCCAGUCACGCGGCAGCGGGUCGAGUGGGAGAAGAUCAGAGGGUAUGGCUUGGGCGGGGACUUGCGAGGGGAUGGCAAGCGGUAG